UUGAGCCCUGACCACUUUGAGGGUGCUGGUGCUGGUUUUGCGGCACGCUGAGGUGGUGAUGAUGCUGGUGAGCGAGACGGGCGAGUAUUGUUGAUUGUGGAGGUUGUGCUGGGAUGACGAUGAGCAUUUUUCUUUUUUUUGAGAACCAUGGAACGGAGGUGCUCGACCACGAACUGGGUAUCGAAACGCGGAGGGGAGCGUGUCGAGUGCAGUCGAAAAAGGAACUUUGCCGUCCGCUGCCGGGAAUAUGACUUGCUUAUGGCGGGUUGGAUGUUAGAGGUUGGAGGUUGGAGGUUAGAGGUUGGGGAAGGGUUGGCGUGCCUGGAUUGGUUUGCUGUUUGCUGUUUGUUGAUACUUGUUUUUUGUUCUUCGGGGAGUGAAUGUUUUGCAUGGGUCUGAGGAUGUGGGGAAUGGAUUGGGUGGUUGGGUAAGAUGCGUUACUGCACAUUGCGCUUAGGCCUGAUGCCGUCGUGAGUUGGUGCUGUAUUACCUAGGAGGUAU